GUCGCCCUGGAGGGGGCCGUGGCGCUUUACGACUCGCCCCCCAGGGUUCACGACAUUUUGCGACGCCCCGCUCACAUCGCCGCGAAGAUGGCGUCCGGCAGCGGGAAUAAAAACCUGGACUUCCGUCGGAAGUGGGACAAAGAUGAAUAUGAGAAACUUGCGGAGAAACGGCUUACGGAAGAGAGAGAGAAAAAAGAUGGAAAACCCGUCCAGCCCGUCAAGCGGGAGCUCCUGCGGCACCGGGACUACAAAGUGGACCUGGAGUCCAAGCUGGGGAAGACCAUCGUCAUCACCAAGACCACGCCGCAGUCCGAGAUGGGAGGGUAUUACUGCAACGUCUGUGACUGUGUGGUAAAGGACUCCAUCAACUUCCUGGACCACAUCAACGGCAAGAAACAUCAGCGGAACCUGGGCAUGUCGAUGCGUGUGGAGCGCUCCACCCUGGACCAGGUAAAGAAGCGUUUUGAGGUGAACAAGAAGAAGAUGGAGGAGAAGCAGAAGGACUAUGACUUUGAAGAGAGGAUGAAGGAGCUCAGGGAGGAGGAGGAGAAGGCCAAGGCCUACAAGAAGGAGAAGCAGCGGGAGAAGAAGAGGAGGGCAGAGGAGGACUUGACGUUUGAGGAAGACGACGAGAUGGCGGCAGUGAUGGGCUUCUCGGGCUUCGGCUCCACUAAAAAGAGCUACUGAUUCCCCCUCACUUCCCCCCCCGCCCCAAUCGGGACGUAUCCCCCUCUCGGACCUGACUCUGGGCGUAUGGGGGCCGUUCUCUCCCCAGGGUCCUUGGGGAAGAUCCAAGGCCCCUGCCCGGUCUUGGAGAAUCUGUAUUUUUCCCCACCACCGCUAGAAUAAAGCCAGGCAGCUGAGAAGAGGCCAGGCCACUGGGCCCCCGGAUCGGGGAGCCACGUGAGGUUCGUCUGCCGGUGUUCCCCAUAGAGGCUCUUCCUGCCUCCUCACCCCCCCUCCGCUGCUCUCUCUCAGAGCCCCCUUAUCAAUGUGUCCCCCCCGCCUCCCCUUUCCUUGCCCCCCCCUGCAAAACGCCUGAUUCCCAGACUUUGGUUCCUCCAUUCCGGACCUGCGAAGGAAAGGUUCUGUCCUUGACUUCCCCUUUCACCUCGCCUCUCCCUUUUCCUCAGCGCACGUCCUGGCUGCUGGCCGCCUUCCCACCCCAGGUGUCCUGUGGUCAUGUGUGUGUUUUUGUGGGUGUAUGUGUGCGUGGGAGUGGUGUGUACCUGUUGUGUGUGUGUCCGUGAAGCAGUCACGUGCAGGCGGUUGGGUGCCCGCAGCUGGGCGGGGGGACUUGGCCUGAUGGGGUUGGGUCCGGCUGAUAACGAGAGCGAGUCCUUUGAGCUAGCGCCCGCCCCCGGGGUUGUCCCCCCUCUCUCUGAGAGACUCCGGAGGGGGGGGGCGGCUCUGGUAACCUCUCUGAUGAGACCAUCGCUGUUUUUCGUCUUCCUCGCUUUCAGGCUCUAACUCGAGCGCACUUGGCUGAAGCAGAAAGACCCAGGGUGGGGUUAAAUGGCACACCCAGCACUCUGCAGUUUUUAAUUAAAACAAAAUUAGAAAACACGGCUACA